AUGAGGCCCAUCUGGAGGAUGCCUCUGUCCUCCCAGCCAGCAGUUCAGGACUUCAGGGAAGAGAGCUGGUUGGCCCAUACAGAGUCUUGUCUCCUCUGGCCAGAGUGCAAGGCUCUGCCCCCUAGGAAAGGCCACAGGAUGGGCGCGCGCUGCAGGCCAGCCGUCCGCUCUCUCUCGGCGUCCUGCAACCUGGCCUCACUUUGCCUAGCAGGCUUUAUUAGGUUGACCUUAGCUAACCCACGUGCACAUAAGCCCCUGCCCAGUUAUACACUGAAGUGGCAGCACACAGACCACUGGCCCUGUCAGCCAGCACACCCCCUUAGCAGCCUGCUCUCCAUGGUUUGCACAUUGAGACACGUCCUCAAUGUCACUCUCAUGCUGCCUUGCCCAUGUGAAUUUGAAUGUUGA